UUAUAAGCUUCGGUGUCAACGGUUGCUUAGAGGAAUUAUAACUAAAGCUUGUUACGGAUUGGAUUCGAUCUUGGUUUCGUCGUGCAUGUAUUAUAGAGUCUUGAAAUGAUUUUUCUGUGGUCUGUCUUAACUGGUUUGUUGUUGUGCGGACAUCGCAGCAAUGCCAAUCCCAUUGAGAAGAGGAGUGGUGGAAACACCGAAUUCAUAAUCCUCCACAACAACGAUAUGCACGCGCGAUUUGAGCAGACAAAUGUUAAAAGCGGGAAAUGCUCUCCGAAGGAGGUCAACACUAACAAAUGCUACGGUGGUUUUGCUCGCGUGGCAUAUGAGGUACGAAAAUAUCGCGCAGAAGCCCAAAAUGGUGGAACACCUGUAUUAUAUUUAAACGCUGGAGACACCUACACGGGCACACCUUGGUUCACUAUCUUUAAGGAUAAUAUUACUGCCGCUUUCCUCAACAAACUGCAGCCAGAUGCAAUUUCCCUAGGUAAUCACGAGUUUGAUGAGAAAGUGGAAGGGCUCAUACCUUUCCUCAACAAUGUUGACUUUCCCGUAUUGGCUUGCAAUCUGGACCUUAGUAAGGUUCCCGAAUUAGCUGCUGCAAACAAUUUGGCAAACUCGACUAUUUUGGAAGUAAAUGGUCUGAAAGUUGGCAUCAUAGGCUAUGUGACACCGGAUACCAAAAAGCUUACUGUGCGAAACGAUGUCGAGUUUUUAGACGAAAUCGUGUCAAUCAAUGCUGAAUCAGCGAAGCUAACCGCUCAAGGCAUCCAAAUUAUUAUUGCCUUGGGGCAUUCUGGCUAUAUUAAGGAUCAAGAGAUAGCCAAAAAUUGUCCAGACGUAGAUAUUGUUAUUGGUGGCCAUACCAACACAUUCCUGUACAAUGGAAAAAAACCCGAUGCUGAAGCCAUCGAAGGACCCUACCCCACCCAAGUAAAGCGAAAAGACGGGAAAGUGGUUCCAGUCGUGCAGGCCUAUGCUUACACCAAAUAUUUGGGUAAGCUCCAUGUAAAGUUCGAUUCGGAUGGCAAUUUGGUUGAGUUCGAUGGAGCUCCAAUAUUACUGAAUGCGUCAGUUGAGCAAGAGAAGGAGCUGCUAGACUUGCUAGAUCUAUAUCGUCCCAAUAUAACGGCAUUAGAUUCGCAAGUCGUCGGACAUACGAAGGUGGACCUCGAAGGAAGCAGUUCUGUGUGUCGGGCCCGAGAAUGUAAUCUUGGAAAUCUGGUUGCUGACUCCAUGGUGUUCGCUCGGGUAAUGGAACUUAAUGCUAGCAAGUACUGGACCGACGCCCCAAUAGCGUUCAUUCAAGGAGGAGGAAUUCGUAAUUCGAUAAUGAAGGCUGCGAAUGGCUCGAUUACUGCCAGCGAUGUUCUCAGCGUACUACCCUUUCAGAAUGGCCUCUAUAUAACUCGAAUUACGGGCAAAGCUUUGAGAAAUUCCCUAGAACAUUCCGCAAGCGUAGUUGGCACAGAUUCCAAUGGUGGCUUCCUCCAACUCUCCGGUGCCCGCGUGCAAUAUGACUACGGCAAGCCGAAGGGGCAACGUGUGGUGGCCCUCGAGGUGCGUUGUGCCAAGUGCGACAUUCCCUCUUACGAAGCUCUCAAUGAAACUGCCUUCUACAACGUGAUUGUAGAUGAGUUUCUGCUAUUAAAUGGCGACGGAUAUGAGUUGAUCGAUAAAACGAACCCAUAUUCAGUGCGUCUACAAAAUAUUGAUGCAGACGCUCUCAUACACUACCUUCAGAUGCAUAAAUUUGUUUACCCUGGGCUGGAAGGUCGUAUUCUGUCGAGAAGUUCAGCGACAAACAUAUUUAUUUCCCUUGCUCUAAUGCUGUUUUCGUUCAUAUUGACGCAGCUUUGUAAUUAGCUGCCAUCUACAGCUCGUAUAACUAUUAAGAAAAACAAUAAUCCGUGUGACUAUCUGCAACUAUUUUAACACAUAUAUAAAUCGAGAGUUUAUUUGAA